CUCUUGGAUUCGAUGAAGAGAGGAAUGGAAUCCGAGCCGCCGAGGUACUGCUGGAGAUUUGUUUGCGAUGAUCCGGCGCGACAAGCUCCCCCUGUCGUUCGCCAGGAGCAAUCCAGCCUCGACACGCCCCAAUCCGUCGCUGACAACUCGAAAUCCUUCCCGAUGGAAGCUCCCGAGGCCGCAUUUCCGCGAGAAAUCCCGCACAGAGAUGAGAGCUCGUACAGGGAGGAAAGAUUUCUGCCGAUGAGGGACGAUCAAGGGUCGAUGCUCAUGGUGGGGCGAUUCGGCGGCGCCAGAUUCCACGUGUGGAAGAUGAGGAUGCAAAUGCUGCUGGUGCUACACGAUCAGUGGGGCGUGGUGAGCGGAUCGGAGGCCCGGCCGGGAGAAUCCGCGAGGAAGGAAGAUUGCCUAGAGUUUGAGAAGAAGGACGCGAGAGCGCGAGCGAAUAUUUUGCUCCAUCUCGAGGACAGGCAGCUAAUGCAGGUGUGGCACACAACGUCAGCGAAGCAGGCAUGGGAUCUCCUGGGCGACAUGUACAUGGCGUUCUAGGAGUCCGGGAUUUAGGGUUUUAGCGCCUUGAUAGAUAGAAAGAAUGAUAAUGGCGCGUCCACAGCUAGCACCAAGGAUGAUCUUUGUCGUUGUCACCGACAGUAGAGUUUACCCUAAACC